UAAGUACAUCCGUAAUCUAAAAAGCAUAUUUAAAUUAUUUCAGUGUAUCCAUAAAAGUUUUUAAGUUAAAUUUAAAAUGUUCAUCAAGACGUCAACAUUAUGGCUCCUCUUAUGUAGCUCAUAUAUCAUAAAAAUUACUGGUGACCAGAGCAAUUCCAAAGAAGAAAAUGGUCAAUGGAAUUCCAUUGGCCAAGAGGUAGUAGCAGAAAUCCGGGAUGAAUUGAGCAAAAUUACUUCCAAUUUAGAUCACAAUAAAAUGUUUUCUGGUGAUAACAUAGAUGAAUUUUUGAGCAAAAUCCAAGUGAUUUUUCCAGGCACUCUUUGGUGCGGUCCUGGAAAUAUUUCCGAUUCUAGCAACGAUUUGGGUGUACUUAAAUCCACUGAUUCUUGUUGCAGAGACCAUGACAUGUGUCCAGACUAUAUAGAAGCUGGAAAAUCUGAACAUGGAUUGGUCAAUAAAGGGUUAUUCACGCGGUCGCAUUGUGAUUGUGAUGAGAAAUUUUAUAAUUGUCUCAAAAAUGUUAACACUGUUGUCUCUAAUGGAAUAGGAUUUACAUAUUUUACUGUUUUGGGGCCGCAAUGCUUCAAACGAGAUUAUCCUAUAGUCGAUUGCCUUAAAGAAGAUAUUAGAGGUAGAUGCUUGAAAUAUGAAAAAAAUGAAACUCAAGACCAAAUUUAUGAAUGGUUUGAUAAUCCCGACUAUGUACAAAUUUGACACAGAAUAAAGUUUUGAGAAAUUUUUGUUGCUAACAAAAACUUAUGUUUUCAUGCAUAUUUUUCAGGAAUUUUGCAUACUAUAUAUGGUAUUUAUUUUAAUUUUUGACGUAUGUACCUACAAUAGCUCUUUACAUUGAUAAGGUCUUAUCGAAAACGACAUUGAUAUUAAAAUAAAAUUUGUCGAAAUUUGUUUAACACUUUUCCGUGAACUAAACAGCAGAUUAUUUUUCCUAAGCCUUUAAUUUCUAUUGAAAAUGUUUUGCAAAACUUCAACAAUAUGGUGUCUCCUAUUAAACUCUUGUAUUAUAGAAAUCACUGGUGCGUUAAAUAUUUAUAAACAUAACAAAAACAAUUAGUUGUGUCAUUUUGAAAAAUCUUCUGUAAAAGUUGUGAUAGGUGACCAGAGCAAUGACAAAAUGGAAAAUAGUCAAUGGGAUUCCAUUGGUCUAACAGAAAUCCGAGACGAAUUGAGUAAAAUUACAUCCAAUUUGGAUCACAACAAAAUAUUUUAUGGUGAUAGCCAGGAUGGAUUUUUCACUAAAAUCCUGCAGAUUGUUCCAGGUUCUUGAAACAGGUUGCAUUUUCCAAAAAUAUUUUUUUUUAGGCACUCUUUGGUGCGGAAGUGGAAAUAUUUCCGAUUCUAGCAACGA